AUAUCCCCUCCAUGCUCUUGAGACUGCUAGGAGACUUCUUGUGAGGGCAUGUAUGGAUGUGCCAUCCUGGAGGAGCUGGAUUACCUGUGCAAACUGAAUGGGCUGCAGGUUGAGCCAUAUCUGCCUUAUGAAUACACCUGUGAGGGGAUGCUGGAGAGAGUACAUUCCUACAUACAGCAUCAGGACUUCUGUGCCCCAGAGCCUCCCUUCAUUCCAGCCAACCUCUCCAGACACGGGUCUGCUGGUGGCAGCAGGAUUACAGGACCUCUGUUUGUGCCCCUGUCCAAUUCCACAGCCCUUGGCUGGUUGUCCAGUGUGAUGGCUCCCCCUGCCUGGCCGCCUCUCAGCUCCCUCAGGCUGCUCGUAUCUCAAGAGGGCCAGUCCUGUGUGGAGGCGUGCCAUUCAGCUGGUUUCAUCUGUGAGCCUGCUCACUUCCGCUUCAUCAACAACAAGGAGGCCCUGCGCGGGUUGGAGGUGCAGUGCGAGGUGGUAGACUCUGAGAUCAACCACAUCCUUCCAGCGUUCUCGGUGGUGCGGCGGGAGUGCGGUCUCCAGCGGGAACCCCUCCUCUUCAGCUGUGCAGGACACUCCCCUAAAUACAGACGUCUUUGCCCCUGCAGGGACUUCCGCCACGGCCAAGUGGCGCUCUGCAGAGACUGCCUAUAGUGAUGGGGCACAUGCAGGACAGACACAAAAGAAUUAGAGACAGAUUGGUGGGGAAAAAGGGCACCCACAGGCCAGAACUGAUGUAGAGCUUUGACAAAUUACCUGAUAGUGCAGAGAGGCAGCUUCCCCCCAAAACAGUAAAUGUAGGAUGAUGAGAAACAGGCAUGCAUGGAUUUGAAGAGCUGAAAGUAAGCCUGAAUAGCUGCCAGGUUGUAGGUGGGUAUUUUGGUUGACUGUUUUUGUGAAAACAGCUCUUAUACUGUAUCUUGCUGGAGAUGAAAAGCUGUAAGACUUCCUAGAACAGGGCUCCAGUGAUACCAGGUGUUUUUACACCCAGGGGCAAGGGCCUUUGUUACCACUCACCAUACCAACAACCUUUCACAUUAACACUCAGACUACAGGAUAAUAGUUUCUACAAGAUGUUGACCAGUGAUAUGACACACACAUUUCACUAAGUUUAAACAUGUACACUUAAAGAAACGUGUGACUCCAGAUAAACUCAACAUCGGGACUAUAGUGUCAUUCCAUGACAGAGUCUUCAAAUAUCUUGUCUUGAAGAAGGCAACCUCGGGUCAAUAUAUAUCUCCUCUCUGCACUUGGACAAAGGAUGAUGGACAACCAGGUUUUCUCCCUCAAUUUUUCUCCCCUUCUCCAAUGAUGGGCAGAGUCAUUUAUCAGACUGAACCCCAAGUCUGAGGCAACAUCGGUCAAUCAUCUCUGUUCGCAAAAAGAGAGAGGGGUAGGACAGAGGACAAAGAUAAAGGGUACAAGAUUAUUUUUCAAUAAAUAAGCCUUUAGAGCUCUCUACUGGAUUUUUAAAGAGUCCUCUGGGCUUUAUGAUGGAAAAAAAUCAUAAAAUAAAAAAAUCAGAACAGA